AUGCCUUACAAGUCCCGGUGGCGCCUCGACGUGCCGAACGCGCACCUUGCGACGCUGCUACUAACGUCUCCAACGGCUGAGCUCUCCAAGACCCACCGAUGCUUCCUGGAAGCGGCCCGCCCGGACACGCAUUACUUUACCACGCAUUCCUUCCGGCUAUGGAGCCAGAGAUUUGCCUUAGGACUGCAAAAGUCCGGUCUCCGCCGAGGCGACCGCGUCCUGAUGUUCUCGGGCAAUGACCUGUUCUUCCCCGUCGUGUUCAUGGGCAUCAUCAUGGCCGGUGGCAUCUUCUCAGGCGCUAAUCCGACCUACGUCGCCCGCGAGUUGGCCUACCAGCUCCAGGACAGCGGGGCAACCUACCUGAUCUGCGCACGAGCUAGCCUAGACACUGGGCUUGAGGCUGCGCAGUUGACAGGCAUGGGCCGGGACCGGGUGUUUGUGUUCGACGACACCCUCUACGAUGGCCGCGGCGUCGGCGAGAAGGGCUGUCAGCACUGGGGCGAGCUUGUAGCGUCCCCAGAGGAAGCACAGGGUUUCGCAUGGGAGGAGCUGUCCACGCCCGAGCUAGCAGAUACCGUUCUCGCACUCAAUUACUCCAGCGGCACGACCGGGAGGCCGAAAGGUGUUGAGAUCACGCACAAGAACUACGUCGCAAACUUGCUACAGUACACACACUUGGCCAGGCUCAACCCGGACUACGAGGCGAAGCUAGCCCGCGCCCGCUGGCUAUGCUUCCUUCCAUUAUAUCACGCGUACUCUCAGAACGUGAAUAUCGGUGCGGCCUUAUACCGGAACACCCCGGUUUAUAUCAUGCCCAAGUUCGAUUUCAUCAAGAUGCUAGAGUAUACGCAGAAGUAUCGCAUCUCGGACCUCAUACUCGUGCCCCCGGUGGUCGUUGCUCUAGCCAAACACCCUGCUGUGAAAGAUUAUGAUCUUAGCAGUGUCGAGGGUAUGGGGAGUGGCGCUGCGCCAUUGGCGAGGGAGGUUUGUGAGGAGGUGGAAGCUCUGUGGCCGCCGGGCAAGAUCAAUAUCAAGCAAGGUUGGGGCAUGACUGAAACGACCUGUUCUAUCUUGGGAUGGGAUCCCACGGAGAAGAGUUUCUCGGCUUCUGUCGGAGAGCUGAACGCCAACUGUGAAGCCAAGAUUAUGGCCGAAGACGGAGUGACGGAGAUUAUGGACAGGAAUAAACGUGGUGAGCUAUGGGUGCGUGGCCAGAAUAUCAUGAAAGGAUAUUGGCGUAAUCCCGAGGCAACCAAAUCAACCAAGACAGAGGAUGGGUGGCUCAAGACGGGCGAUAUUGCCUUUGUCGACGACCAGGGCAAAUUUCAUGUUGUCGAUCGGAUGAAGGAGCUUAUCAAAGUGAAGGGGAACCAGGUUGCCCCCGCGGAGUUAGAGGGGAUACUUCUGGAACACCCGAAGGUGGCUGACGCCGCAGUGAUCGGAGUUGCCAUCAACAACGACGAGUCGCCCCGGGCCUACAUUGUGCUCAAGCCGGGUCAGGUCGCCACAGCGGAGGACAUCGUGCGUUUUAUGGAUGGCAAAGUCUCAGCCUUCAAGCGGAUCACCGGCGGGGUACGCUUCGUCGAGUCGAUCCCAAAAAACCCAUCUGGUAAGGUUUUGCGCAAGACGCUGCGAGAACAGGCCAAAGAGGAGCUGAAGGAGAAACCGGCAUCCAAACUGUAA